AACAUAGCACUAUAGAGUAGACAGAGUAUGGAUUGGACGGGGGAUGAUGACGCUUUUCCGGCCAUUCAGUUAUCGCGGUAGAGGGACCCGGAUCGUGCUGUGCCACGUCUGUAUCUGUCUGUGGCUGUGCCGGCUCCUGUGCAGGUGAGAUGGGGUGUAUACGUCGGACAAGAUGUUUGGCAGGCGCCGUGUUGUUGGCGCUGGUGGUGCUAAAUUUGUUAAUGAGUGCAGCAUUUGCGCAAAAUCACCAUGGUCACAGCCAUGGAGAACAUCAUCACGGACACAGCCACGAAGACCUCCAUCACGGGCAUAGCCACGGUCACCAUGGGCACAGUCAUGACGACCACAACGGGCACAGUCACAGUCAUGACGACCACCACGGGCACAGCCAUGGUCACAGUCAUGAAGACCACCACGGGCACAGCCACGGUCACAGUCAUGAAGACCACCACGGGCACAGCCACGGACAUAGUCCUGAGGAUCUUAAUGAAUUUCAGAACCGCUGGAAGCUGGGAGACGCACCAUCUCGAGGUGAAGCCGAGGAGCGCAUCAGAAGAGAGGUCACAAAUGAUGCUCCACCACCUUCCCCAGGGCCAAGGGAGAAGAUGGAGCCUUUAACACUAUGGACAUAUGCUAUCGGCGCCACGCUCCUGAUCUCCGCUGCUCCGUUCUUCAUCCUCUUCCUGAUUCCGGUGCAGUCCAACAGUAGCCAGCAUCAGUCCCUGCUCAAACUGCUCCUGAGCUUUGCUUCAGGGGGGCUGUUGGGAGAUGCCUUUCUGCACCUUAUCCCCCACGCCCUGGAGCCACACUCUCACCACCAGGAGGCAGAGGAGACUGCUGAUUCGCACGGCCACGGACACUCUCAUGAUCACAGCCACUCACACACGAUGUGCGUUGGCCUGUGGGUUCUGGCUGGGAUAAUCGCUUUCCUUGUGGUUGAGAAGUUUGUGCGUCAUUUAAAGGGGGAAGCAGGCCACGGUCACAGCCACGCUUCCACGGAAAUCUCAGCAAGUGCCUCCAAGGAAAAAGAAGACAAAGCAGAAGUGAAAGGGGAACUGAGACAGAGGAAAAAAGAAAAUAACGCUGCACAGACCAGCAAGACCGGAAAAGCGCAGCCCCCUCGAUCAGACAUGACCGUCUCCGGGUACCUGAAUCUCGCCGCCGAUUUCACCCAUAACUUCACGGACGGUUUAGCAAUUGGAGCCUCUUUCCUGGUCAGCAGCAGUGUCGGCAUUGUCACCACGAUCACCAUUCUCCUGCACGAGGUGCCCCACGAGAUUGGUGACUUUGCCAUCCUGGUUCAGAGCGGCUGCACCAAGAAGAAGGCAAUGAUGUUACAGCUCAGUACAGCUCUGGGGGCCCUUGCGGGCACCGCCUGCUCUCUCCUGGCUGAAGGAAUCGGCGAAGCGGCCACGUUGUGGAUUCUACCGUUUACUGCCGGUGGCUUCAUCUACAUAGCGACUGUCUCGGUCAUCCCGGAGCUACUUAAAGAUUCUCGUCCCGCUCAGUCAGUCCUGGAGACGUUCGGUCUGCUGCUAGGAGUUGCCAUGAUGGUUCUCAUUGCGCAGUUUGAGUAGGCAGCCUGUGACGUCAUCAAGCAAAAGGGGCAUGUGCCGAGAUACGACCUUUGGUCGGUGUAUGUCGCCGCUGGAUGCUGGUGACAUGUCUGUGACGUCAUGGGACAGUGGUGACAUCACAGCCUUAUCUCCCUUUGGAGAUGCAGUGGUGUUAUAAUGUGAUGUCAUAGUCCACUCCACUUCAUUUUAAUCGUUAUGCUGAAUUUACUUAUUCUGGGCCAAACCGCAACCUAAAUGCGAAACACCAAACCCUGACCGUCAGCGCUGGCCUGUCUCGUUGUUUCCAAACCGCAGUCCAGAGCAGUUCUUACUUUACUCCAUUCCAUUAAUUAGCUUUCUAUUUGCAGGUAUAUUAUCGGGAACAGAGGUGGGUCAGAAUUCCCGGCCACUGGAUCAGAAGAAACGUUUAUAAGUGAUCCCUAAUGUCUUUUCACUUCCUCGCAAAUACAAAAACCAGGUGUAGGACAUUUUCUACAUCCUAUGUGGGCUAUAGAGAACUAGAGAAGAAGUAGCGGUGAUGGGAGAUUAGAUGUAAUCUAUGUACAUGUUUAAUUAGAUAUCUGGAGUCUAUAGUGCAGAGGAGACGGCAACAAUUAGUCUUUCAGCUCAUGUUACACCCUGUGCUAUGUCUAGAUGUCAGCUUGUCUGAACUAGGGUUCCGCAUUGCCCUUUUUAUGCUUGACGUCCCAUGGAGACGGCGCCCCCUGGCUGGCGGGCGGGCAGUGAGGUCGUACACUCCUGCCUGCUUUAGGCUAUGGCUCUCUCCGUAUCCAUAUGCUUUAUGUGGGCUGAUGGAACCUCUUAUUUUGAUUUCAUGAAGACUUUUUGUUUGUAUUCCUCCAUAUUUUUAUUUUUUAUUUUAACUAACUGGAAUAAAACAAUGGGAAUAAAAAGAAUGAAGAUAUA